CUAGGGGGCAGUAAGAAAAUGUAAUCGUUUCACAUGUGUAUGAGCAACACGAAAAACUCAAAAAAUGAGAAACACUGAAACCAUUUUUUAUCGGAUUUUUAAACAUGUAAACAUUUGAGUCUGUGUGGUCUUGAUUAAGGUCUAGGAUGGAGAAUUUCAGAGGGCCGGUAAAAGCAGACUGCGAAGAACUACUGGCUCGUUUCCAGGCGACCGAGUCAGUUCGGUACGAGCAGUUUCUGGAGAUCUGGAGAGACAUGAACUUCAGCAGCAUCUUCUGUGGUAGACCAGAGGGAAAUGAGAGAAGGUGUUUAACUCGUGUGAUCAUGUCUGUGGCGUCUCCAUACCUCUUUCCACCCUACACUUUCCAGAUCAGAGUGGGGGGGCUUUAUCUGCUGUACGGGCUCUUCAACUCACAACUAAUCACUCCCAAAGAGAAGAUCCGCAUUGCUCUGAAGGACUGGAAGGAUGUCAUGCAGUUUCAGAGGGAUGCAGUGAACGCUCAACAUUAUGAUGUGGUUUAUAUCUUCAGGAAGCUCCUCUCAGAUAAAGCUUUCUACUUCACGGCCAUGCCUACACCACUCUGUUUUAGGGAAAAGAGGGAAGAUAGAAAGAAGACAGAAUUCUGUGAAGAGUUUGUUAAUCCGUCAUCACGUCCUCAGGAACUCGUCACCACAGACGUUCUGGACGAAAUUGGAAAUAUCCAUGAUCAUUAUGAGGGUCUGAAGAAAGCUAUUUUCCCUGAACCAGACCCAAACCUGAAUCUUAUCCAACAAAACCUGGUUCCCAAACUAAACGGUGCCAUCCUCACCUAUUCCAGUUGGCAGUUUAACCGUGCAGAAUUUGAGCAGCAGGAUGCUGGAGAGGGAACUUCAAAUCAAGAAAGCUCCCGAAGAGCCCAACUGUUAGCAUCAAUCAAGUCCAGAUCAUACGGACAAGUUUCAGAGGCCUCCAAGUCUCGACGUCACAGACAGGCACAGUUGGUCCCAGCAGACGGAGAAGACUUUUCACAACAGCUCCUGGCAAAAAAGAAGCGAUACCCAUCACUUAAAACGCGCACUCAAUUACGAUUCAACACUCAGGUAGGAAAUGAGAGUGAGGGGUUGACCCGGCUGUGGUGUUUGAGUGCCGUGAAUGAAGAGAAGGCACCAGAAAAAAAGAAGAAAAAAUUCCAAUGGAAGCCAGAGAAGGGCAGCGAUCCCACUUCACAUUAAGCACCAACAUCAGGACAGACUGUGAUUGUUGGGCAGCCAAGUGUUGAAAGUGAUUUGUGCCUCAAGCUCCGAUUUUAUUGAAUUUGUUUUACUGCAAUUUUAAACCUUGCUGUUCGCUGUAAAUCUUGGAACUCCAAAAUGGUUCUAUAUAGAAUACAUUUUUUUUUUUUUGUAAAAGGUUCUAUUGGCCAAGUAUGGAACC